AUGAGUCAUCACCUCACCAGCCAGACGGAUAUUUCUUUCGUGCUUGUUAACCAUGUUUUCUCCAACGCCGUUAAAGGUGAUACCAACCUGGUGCUUUCUCCAAUCUCAAUGCAAAUAGUUCUUGGCCUUAUUGCUGCUGGCUCUAAUGGACCUACUCAGGAUCAGCUUCUCUGUUUCCUCAAGUCCAAUUCCAUUGAUGAACUCAACUCUCUUUAUUCACAUAUUUCCAGUUUCGUCUUUGUUGAUGGAAGCCCCAAUGGAGGUCCACGAUUGUCCGUUGCUAAUGGCAUUUGGAUCGACCAAAGACUGCCUUUAAAGCCUUCUUUCAAGCAGGUCAUGGAUAAUGCUUACAAGGCGGCUUCAGAGUAUGUUGACUUUCAAAAUAAGAGGAGGUCAUCAGAUCUAUCUGUGAAAACAGUUUCUUGCAGAAAUGUAAGAUACAACUGUGUGAAAUAG